AUGGUGGCCUCUGUGCGUUCGGCGUCGUUUGCUUCUCGUGGCGAUUCUUCGGAUGGCAGCGAGGGAUCGACUCCGUCUAGCGGCUACGUGGAAGUCGGGCUAUCAGAGAACACCAGUUUGUCAUUUGAACGGAACCACUCGUUUCUGAACUGGCUGCUGCUUCUUUUUCUUCUUGGAGGCACUUCCAUAUGCGCUGGGUUCUUCUACUAUGCCGUUCCUUUGCGCCAUGAGUUGACUGCCACUGUGAGGACGCAUCUGACAACCACGCCGUUCAAAGAAGGGCAAAGCUUCUCCCUUAACGCGUACAGCGGGGGCUGGCGAAGCCUCUCGAGUUUCUCAAGAGCUGUAGAGCUGCGUAAUAUCCGCGUCACCGCUGCCAUCCGGCCUGAAACAACUGGAUAUACAAUUGCCGCAGGAGCCAUCACCACUUGGGCAGAUGUAGAGGCCUGGCUCCUUAAAGUCUUAGCCCCCACUCUCUACACUGGUAGUUUGGGGGGCGCCGUGGUCGUGCAGAUGGCCACACUCCAUCUGGUCAAAGGCAGUCUCACAGAUAACGAAAACCCCAAUACAGCGAAGGUCAUUUACAAGCGACUCAACUUCGAGGCGGCUGAGGAGAAGACAGUUGAUUUCGGCCAACUGCUGGGAGGGACGUAUGCUGUGGAUGCCACGAGUACCCUCGAAUCCCUCAGCAAUGAAGGCUGGUGGGGGCCGCUUACGACGGAGGCGACGCUGACAAUACGCGGACGAGACGGCAACGGCAACGAAUGCACUGCAAAGGUCUCCUUCAAGCAAAGCGCGUCGGGUCUGGUGAAGGCAGAUGUGGAGGUUGUCUCGAUCCUCUUCUCGGGCAGUGCUUUCGCCUUUGCUUUUUCUGUUCUCUUUUUUGUAGCAGCUAUCUGCUACUGCGUCGUCGAGUGGUUUGCCUUCAAGCUUACGAAGAGUACUCGACGCGGUUGGGUCUUUGUCUUGCGACUUCUGCAUGCGCUCUCGGGCGCCAGUAUAUUCUUUCGAGUGCUAGACAGGAGUAAUGUUGUAUUCGUCAACGAAUUCGGAGGCAUUAUUGCAGUCACAGUUUUGCUGCUUCUUGGCGCAUCGGCCUGCAACUACAUUCUCCUCGGCCCUCGCGUUCCGCAGUUCCGGACAUUCCUCUCAUCUAUAUUUUACACGGUUUGCUUGAGCUUUGGGGCCCCCUUCAUAAAGUCGAUGCCUCCGGUCGCAUUCAUCGUCGCAGCCAUCGGCUUGCUUGUGGUUUGGGCCGUCUUUGUCCCGAUGGUGGUGGCAAUUAAUAUUCAGUCGCUCAGUGCUGUCGUGAAGAAAGUCAGAGCAGGCGAAAGAGAGAAUUUGGCUGUUAGAGGGCACACAUAUGUUACUAUAAGCCUUGCAGCUGCGUUACUGUACGGGAUGAAUGGGGUGGGAGAGUUUCUUGGUAUUUCUCGUCUUGUCUCGGAGCUGCAGGAGAGAGCUAGACUUGGGGAGGCUGAGGCAGAUGCGAAGAUGCGCGAAGAACGAGCGGAAAAGGAGCGCACUAGCGUGUCGGAGGCAGAGGACACGGCGGCUGUUGAGUACAGGAAGCUAGCAGCCGCUUUCAUUCCGUUCAUUGUCAUUUUCUCUUUGGGUAUUUGCUUCCUCUGCGACACCCCCCGCGUUCACCGCGAAUUCAGCAAAGCCAUCGAACAGAUGAUGCAGCCGUUCGCCACGAGCGACCCCUUCACGACCCGAGAUGCCAACGUGGCGGCCCCGCCUGUAUGGAUGAUAUCUCGCCCGGAGUGCGGCACAAGCUCGAAGAGCUUUCCUGCUAACCAACCCCAAGGUAUCCGGCGUAUGCUGCAAAUCAGCAGUGUGACGUCGCUGUCUGGGGUGUACGACUGGUUAGAGCAAGUGCUAGCUGGCCAGAUCCUCAAUGCGGCAUUCAACUCGCCUUCUACUACGAAUGCAAUUCCACUUGCUAACCCUGGCGCUUUGCUGCUCCUCAAGAGGAUAGACUUGGAGUGUCAGUCGUUCGAGAGCCUCGCUGAGCUGUAUCCAGUUCGCCGCAAAUAUCCAGUAUUUCGGAACUGGACAACCGAAACGUUUGGAGGCGGGAAAUUCCAGCCCAACGCGGAGCGGGUGUACACAGUGCCGGUAUACUUUUCUGGUUCAGAUCCGCCAACAACCUUUGUGAUUUCAGCCUCGAGAUCAGGGAUUCAGACGGCGGGAUACAAGGGGAGGGAGAGCCUGUCUCUCCAGCAGCAGCCAACGCAGUCACUCCAAACUAGACGUCUUUCCGGGACGAAUGAUGACAGCAAUCUACGGAGCGACGUCCACUGGAGUGCAGCGGACUUUCUAGAGAUAUAUGUCGGCAAAACAUCUAUGAGGACUAAGAUGGAAUAUCUCCGCUCCCAGAACUUCCUGGACUCGCAACUGCUGGAGUUGGAAGUCCUGUGGCUGACGUACAACGGAGACUCGAGCAUGUUUGCACUUAAUAAGGUCGUUAUAACAAUGAGUCAAGGCGGGCUUAAGACUUCGUUGGGUGUGACGAUUGUUCCGUCCUGGCAUGUACACCCUUUGGAGACGGGUGUGAGGCCGGAAGUGAUCUUCAUUCCUUUGGCCCUUAUUUGCUUGCUAGUAUACCUCUACCUGUCGUAUAAGGCAGCGCAGAAACGGAAACUAUACCCUCUAUACCUCGUCCUGCUUGACGUGCCGCUGGCCGUCGCGUUCGCCUGCUGCUGUUUCUUCCUGUUAUGUAUGUACAAUGUAGCGUUCGACCCAGGAUGGACCGAAGAAAUCAGCUCAGUAUUAGCGGGUGCAUCAGCAGGAAACACUGGGCAUGUACCCAAAUACGUUCCGGGGCCCGUCCAGCCCUGGCGGUGGCUACCCGGCAGCGCCAGCAUGCCCACGCGGUCUCAGCCACCUCCGUCUGGUGAAUCCCUCCUGCGAUUCCUUCGUCUCCAGGAACACAUUGAGAUGCUUGCUAAUUACCUUUUGUUCUGCAAGAUAUGUGCUGGGCUACUGUAUGUCAUCGCUGUGAUCCGCUUCAUCACUAUGGUCCCCGCUAUACCAGAGAAGAUGCAGGGCCUUCGAAAGCUCCUUUCGCAUCUCAAUGCUGCGAAGGUGCAGACGGCAUGCACUUUGUGCACCCUCUUCAGUACUUUCUUGUUAUUCUCGUUGAUCGGCUAUUGCGUUCUGGGAGGCUCCUACAACGGUUUUUCGACAUACGCAAAUGCAAUUGUCUCGUGCGUAAUGUUGACGCAAUCCAAAUGGAACUUCAAUUCAGUUAUCACAAUUCCGCAGCAAGGCCGCAGCAUCGGCUGGCUCUUCCAAGUAUUCUCUCUGGUUGUAUGUGUAUUCUUCUUUGGUUUCCUGAACUACAUAAUCCUUUCGAUGAUAUACGUUCGAUAUGAAUCAUUGAAAGCUGAGGAGGCAGCUGAGAUGCAAAGCGCACUGGAGGCCAAGUACGGCGUAGUGCAACGGAAGCGCGUGCCUCUGAUGGUUAACGAUACAGUGAUUCUUUACUUCAAGGCCUUCGUAAAGUGUCUAUCGUUGCAAUCAUGGGGAAUAAGCACUGGCGGAGAGAAGCCGGUGAACUCGGAAUUUGUGAAUCUCAAGGAUGAGUUCUUCAUGUCCCUCAAGGAGCUCCCACUUCUGGAGUAUAUCAGCAAGGCGCUUCUCUCCACCCAAAUUGUUCGGCUUCAGCAGUGUCUGACGGACAUUGAAUUCCUGCGGGCCAAACACUAUUUGAUCCUACACGACCUUGGCGUCAUCGCCGAACAGAUGCGGGUGCUCCGCCACGUCACUCGGCGGCAGGGGAAGUACGUGGCGGGUGUUGAAGCUGCCAUCCAGCAUGUGAACGAUCAAAUCGACGAGGUGCAGGCACGAAAGGCGUUUAUUUCGCACUACAUGCAGCAAGACCCAAUGAACGCGAGGCAGAGAAUGGGACAGCAGCAGUUGUUUGACCUAGGAAUGGACGUGGGACGCCAAGCAGCCCGAAGGGCUGUUGUUGAUCCUAAAGCUUAUGUACCGGAGGAGCUCCUGGAUUUGACGUCUUGGGAAGACCCGGAACGGCAGCGGAUCAUAGAGGAGCAGCGGUUGCAGCACCUGAAAGAGGGUUCUGCUCAUCCGAAUGUGCAUGCGGUUCGAAAAAGACAACUCGAGGAGGAACUGUCCGAGGCAAAGAGCCCCGCAGCUACAUCUCCAAAGGCUUUGACCCCCCGAAUGGGGGUAGCCGGUUUACCUACCUCCCCGUCAGCCCCUCCCCAGCAGUCAGUGUACCACCUGCCAGGGGACCUCCCGUGGAAUGCGAUUGUUACUGAUGCAAACGAGGAAACAGAGGGUCUGGCGCCUUUAAAACAGGGUGAAAGCGACACAGACGACGAUGACUGGGAUGUCCUGAGACAGCGGUUUGGAGGAGCCCACCAAGGCACAUUUGAACUGCGGGAGAGAGGCGGAGAUAUCGUCGUGGUCAAGCCAUUCCCUGAACCCCCAGCAGAGAGGCUGCCCAUAGUAAGCAUACCACAGCCUGAGAGGCGUUCCCCACCAAAGGGGGUACUGUUUGCAGAACCGGAAGAAGCGGGAAGAAACGAGCAGCAGGCGCCUUCCCCGUCACCAUCUCCAACUGCAAUGGCUUCAGCUGUUUCAAGUUUCUUUGCGGAGGAUCCAGGCCCUCGCCCCAAAACAAACGCCCCAGAAAUAGCCGAGCAAAGAGCCAGAGAGGAAAAAGCCCACGAAAGGCCUCCACAAGUCGUGCAUCGGAAAAAGCCCAACCGGCGAGCGAGUGCCAGUCUCCCAACCUUCGAGGCAGGUGGCCAGGAGUACAGAAUGCUGCCCCGCAACAGACGGAAAAAGCAAUAG